CUGAGAUCCAACAAACCGUCAAGUUAAACUUUGACUACGCAAACCUUAAGGAAGACGUGAAGAUUUAUCUUCAAAGCAAGCAACAGCAAGGAGCAUGACGAUUUCAAUGGUGAUAUCAUGGUUGGCAUCAACACUCCCCCAGAGCCUCGGCCAACCAACGGUCAUCCUCGCGGCAAUCAUAGGUCUCGCCCUCCUGCUCCUGUUGCGAGCAGACGAAAGAUCCCGAUUGAACCUUCCACCUGGGCCGUGGGCGUUGCCGUACGUGGGGAAUCUGCUCAUGUUCGCAGGGAGAUCAUCGGAGCCGUACUUGGUCUCCAGCGAAUUGGCGGAUAAAUACGGAGCCGUCUAUUCCCUCUACUUUGGUAACUACCUGACAGUUUUCUUCAAUGAUUACCAAACCAUCAAAGAGGUGUUUGUCAAGCAGUCGGCUGUGUUCAGCGAUCGGCCAAGAAGCCUGAAGCUCUGGAAGGAAACCGUUGAAGGUAUAGGACUUGGCCUCGCGAAUGGUAAGGACUUUGACGACGUGCACCGGACAACCAUCCGCUCCCUGAGAGAGGCCGGCGUUGGCACAUAUAAAGUCGAACAGCGCAUCCUGACCGAGGCUGAGCAUCUGUGUGCGGAGCUGGAGAAGUUAAACGGAGAACCAUUCGACUGUACCCAAGUGACACAGAGUGCUUUCUCCAAUCUCACCUUCAAUAUAUGUCUCGGGGAGAGGUUUGACGACUACUCGGACAGCAAGUUCCGUAUGAUGGUGAACCACCUGUACAAUUUCCUGGAUGAUAUGAGGAUCGCAAUGACUGAGAGUUUCCUUCCCAUCCUUGGCGCAUUCCGCCCGGACACAAUGAUUUCCAAAUUGAAGCAAUCCUUGGUUACGAUGGACGAGGUGAUUGGUGAAUACACUAGCGCCCACAAGGAAUCUCACAUCGCUGGUUGCGCAAGUGACUGCUUGGAUCUGUUUGUGGAGCGGCAGAUGAAGGAACCGGACAACCCAUUGUAUUCAGAUCUAUUUAUCAACCGGACCAUCGGUGGCGUCCUCAACGGCGGGAUCGAGAGUACCCAGACGGGCAUGCGAUGGCUGCUACUUUACUUCCUCCACUACCCGCACAUACAGAAGAGGUGCUUUGACCAGAUCAAUGAGGUCCUGGGCACGGUGGAGAAACCAUCUUGGGAGAUGAGGGAGAAGCUCACCUACGUCAUGGCCACGCUACUCGAAGUGCUCCGACAUGCCAAUAUAGCCCCACAAGGCGUUCCUCACGCAGCUAGUCGUGACACUAUGGUCAACGGUUACUUCAUUCCAAAAGAUACCAUGGUGUUUAUGAACCUGUACCAUGUGCACAUGGACCCCAAGUAUUGGCCAGAGCCUAAGGCGUUCAAGCCUGAGCGAUGGAUAGACGGCCAGGGGAAACUCAUUCGCCACGAAGCUUUUAUUCCCUUCUCCAUCGGAAAGCGCCACUGCCUUGGGGAGCAGCUAGCUAAACAAGAGUUACUUCUCGUGACUGUAUGUCUCUUACAAAAGUUCGAGUUUGUUUUACCAGAGAACUACAAGCUCCCAGACUUAAAAGGAAUUCAGAAACUCAGCUUGGCACCGAAACAAUAUUUGGUGUGUGUGAAACCAAGGUCUAUAUAAAAUUCGUAGUCGGUGCAGAGGAACAUUUAUUUAUUUCAAUGUGGCAUUAGAACUUUGACUUGAUAAUACUCAGCAGCGGACUGUCAGACUGGCUGAUCAGGAAUAUUGAUGGGCAGCAUGUGCUUUGAAGGACGUGCAUUAUUUGAGACUCAUUCAUUGCAAAGGACCAUCGUCAAAGUGAAGUUCCACCCAAGUUUGCCAUACUGUUGUGGCAAGCCAGCAUGAACCUUUAUUAUAACAUAUGUUAAAACAUACAAGAAAGGCUGCAACAUUCACAGCUUACCACUUGAAAUCUAGUCAUUUCAUGCAGCUGUGGUGUGUAUUAUGUAGAGCAGGCCUAUAUUUUUUGUGAAGGACGGAGAUUACAUGGUAGUAAAACACUUAAACAGAAUCAUGUACCGCAUGAGAAGGGAAAUUGAUUGAAAUGUUUAACCUGAUGAUCCACAAUAUGUUGUAGGAUACUAUGAACUUGCAUUUGUAGUUAGAAGUUCUUAAUCGUUAUUUCUGUUUCGUCCAUGUACAUAGAAUAGUAUUUAUUUAUUUACAAAGCAAUGUUUUUAAAUUAUAUACAUUAUUUUGAAAAGUAUGUGUUGGGAUUUUUUUUUCA